AUGGCCAUGCACCCUAUCAAAGUUCUUAGAUGCGCCGACGCCCUUCCGAGAUUCGCCGCCUCCGUCGGGACCUUACAGGACGGCGGGGGAGGAGGAAAGACGGAGACAUUUGCCACGAUCGUGGCUUACCUGAAGGAGGUGGAGUCUCCCUAUGCAGUGCUGGAUUUCAUCCGGUCCUACCUUGGGGACACUGUGGAAGCCAAAGAGUUCGCCAAACAGUUUCUUGAGCGACGUGCCAAACAGAAAGCCAACCAACAGAGGCAGCAGCAGCAGUUGUCAAAGGAGGUGGGUGGGUUGAACAUGAACUUCCCUCUGCAGGACUCGAUGCGAGGUAUGAAUCCGAGCUCUCUGCAGUCCAUGUUUCAGGCCAACCACAUGGGCAAAGCUGGUCUCUAUGACAACCAGGGGGGGAAGAUGAAGAAGAAACAGCCCAUGAUGCUGCACUCUGACCCCAGCAUCUUAGGUAAGUACCUCAGACAUCUUUUUCCAUAA